CAGUUUGGAGUGGGCUGCGCCGGCCAUUUUUGUCCAACUAAUCCCCACGCUAGCUCGACCGACUUCCAUAGAGUUCAAUUAUGGAGACUAGCGUGCAAGUGGACAUCAAAAUCUCCUCCAAACUUAUCUAACUACCCUAAUAAUCUCCUCCACCACCAGCUCCUCCGCUAAAAUCAAUACUGGUCGGAUCGACUCCCCGGCAGCCCUUGUGCCCGCCUCUCUAAAUGGAUGUUGCUGCCAGAUCAAGGAGGGCCUCGGACAGGCUCACGGCCCUCUCACGCCAGCUCCUUGACCGGCCGACUCCGCCUCUUCGCUCUGACCUUGCAAUCAACAACUCCUCAAUAAACAACGGACGGGCACGAAACAAGCCCCCGAGCCGGUGGAUCCUCAACCGGCAUGGUUCGAGCUGCCGUUCUGGUGUGCCUCUUUGAAGGUGACAACGGCGAUCUGCGCGUUAUCCUCAUCAAACGGGCCUCCACGCUCUCUUCUCACGCUGGUACGGUCUUCAUGCGGAACUAAGUAGCAGGCGGGUAAAAAUGAGGAUAAUCACAUGCACAGCCUAGGAUUUUGGGCGGAGAUUAUCACUCAUCUCGAUCUAGGAGAAGUUGCAUUGCCUGGUGGGAAAAGAGAGGAAGGGGAUGCAAAUGAUGUGGAGACUGCUCUGAGAGAGGCCAAGGAGGAGAUAGGAUUGGAUGCUUCCCUUCUUCAAGUCGUAACUCUUCUCCACCCAUUCGUCUCCGUGCGUGGAAUAUCGGUGGUACCUGUAGUGGCUCUGCUCUUGGACCGGAAGACCUACAAUCCGGUUCCAGACCCAACCGAAGUCGAGCUGAUACUCGAUGCUCCAUUGGAAAUGUUUCUCAAGGAUAAGAACAGAAGAGAGGAGGAGCUGCAGGUGAGGGGGCAUCGGUGUCUGCUCCAUUUCUUCGACUAUGAAACAGAGGAUGAGAAAUUUGUUAUAUUUGCUCUAACUGCUGCGAUACUGACGAGGACUGCAUCGGUAGUUUACCAGAAAGAACCUGAAUUUGUAGUCAGGAGCCCCAAAUUGUGGCAUUAGCAAUCAGUUCUUCGCCGAUAUCAAUGUCCCAAAAUUCGGAGGAUUCUUUGGAACUUCAUAGUGUAAUUUUGUUCUGAUAAUAUGCAGUUGAUGAGCAGAAA